UCUCCUCACAUCCCAAAGUAUUUCAAUGGCGACCUUUCCAAGUUAUUCGUUAUUUCUCUGCUUCUGCUUCAUGUUUUACCUUCUCCUCGGGGCCUCCCUGGCUUCCCGUAAGCUCGCCGCGGUGGAGGAGAAGCAGCCUCUCACCAUCACUUACCACAAGGGCGAAGUCCUCUCCGGGCCCAUCUCCAUCAACCUCCUCUGGUACGGUAAGUUCACGGCCGCCCAGCGCGCCAUCCUCUCCGACUUCGUAUCCUCCCUGUCCGCCAGCGGCGUAGUGAAGCCCUCCGUGUCAUCCUGGUGGACGAUGGCGGAGAAGUACUACACCCAGUCAAAACUGGCGCCGCCACGACUAAACCUCGGUGACCAGAUCCUCGAUGAGGAUUGCUCAUUGGGUAAAUCUCUGAAGAACUCCGACAUUGCAGCUCUCGCGGCGAGAGGCCGGGCGCGGCGGGCACUAAACGUGGUGCUGACCGCGGAUGACGUGGCGGUGGAGGGAUUCUGCAUGAGCCGCUGCGGGGCCCACGGGUCAUCCCCCCGGUCUAAGGCUGGCCGGUUCGCCUACAUAUGGGUGGGUAACUCGGCGGUCCAGUGUCCGGGCCAGUGCGCGUGGCCCUUCCACAAGCCAGUCUACGGUCCGCAGGCCCCACCGCUUGUGGCUCCCAACGGCGAUGUCGGAGUUGACGGUAUGGUGAUGAAUCUGGCUAGCAUGAUCGCCGGCGCUGUUACGAACCCAUUCGGUGGUGGAUUUUUCAUGGGACCGAAAACGGCGCCGCUAGAGGCAGCGACGGCGUGUCCCGGGGUCUAUGGCAAGGGAGCGUACCCGGGUUACGCCGGCAAUCUCAUGGUGGACAGCGCCACCAGUGCCAGCUACAACGCGAAUGGGGCCCAUGGCCGGAAGUAUCUCCUCCCGGCCAUCUUUGAUGCGUUAACGGCAUCCUGUUCCACGUUGGUGUAAUGUGCAAAAAAUAAUAGUCGUCCUUUGUAAAUAAAACUGCGUCCUCCAUAUUUUUUUUUUAUUACUUUAAUGCUAAAGCUGUAAUGAGUUAACUGUUAACGUGUAAGUCCUAUGUCAACUGUUUAGCGAAUCACCUCCAA